AUGUUAAGACAGCCAGCUCGCGGCGUGCACGCGCCAGCACGAGCUUUUGGCCAGUCAGCUCGACAGGCAGCUUGGAAUGGCGCAUGGGCAAGGCAUUUCACAUCGCAGUCAGGAAACCAAGCUGGGCGUCAGAUUUGGAGAUGGAGGACCGGAGCUCUCCCUUGGGAAGGCAUGAUGGCCCGUCUAAGGAACACACGCUUUAAACCAGGAACCAUAACAACGCCAAACAUGCUCCAGGGUGUGUUGAGGCGUGGGUUUCGAUUCACAACGAAGCGCAAGUCGAACAAAGGGCCGACCGUUGGCGAAACCGAUGAAGCCAAGGGCCUCAGUGCUAGACUCAGGAAACUCACAAAGGAGUAUGGCUGGGUGACCGUUGGCGUUUACCUUGGGCUGUCUGUUCUGGACUUUCCUUUCUGCUUCCUGUUUGUUAGGAUGGUUGGACCUGAGAAGAUUGGCGAGGUCGAGCAUCGCGUGAUGUCAACGGUCAAGCAGAUGAUCCCCGAUUCUGUUCGGGAAGCUUGGCACACUUACUGGCAGUCUUUCCGGAAGGCUGAGGCCAAGGCACUGGGUGAUGACGAAAUUAGUGACAAGAUGGAGAUGGCCACCUGGGGGGUUGAGAAGGCUCAGGAGCGCAAUCGCGUCGAUGCUAGCUUGGCAACUCAGCUGGCGUUGGCGUACGCCAUUCACAAAAGCUUCAUCUUUAUUCGAGUGCCGUUAACGGCCGCCGUAACGCCAAAGGCUGUCAAGGUGCUCCGAUCUUGGGGCUGGAAUAUCGGAAAGAAGAAGGCGUAG